CAACAAAAACGGACAAGGUUAUUAGAACACUUACCUUUGUAUCUAGAAAAUAAUUCUACAGAAUCAGGGAAAGAGGGCUUGGAAUUUUACUCGGCCUCGGGCAUCGGGAUGGCUCAGUCACUUAAACAUCUGAUUCUUAGAAAAAAAAAAUCUGAUUCUUGAUCUCAGCUCAGGUCUUGAACUCUGGGUGGUGAGUUCAAGCCCUGUGUUGAGAUUACUUAAGAAAAAAAAAAAAAAGAAUUUUACUUGGCCUUAAGUUCAUGAUGAGUUAACAGCAGAAGAGAGCUGUCGAGACAAAAAGUAGAUCUAAACCUAAGCCAUGAAGAGUGAAUUAGCGUGUGCAGAUCGAGAGAGGGGAUGGUCUCACACCACGUACACUGGCCAGAUCAUUUAGAAAACUGCGUUCAGUGGUUUUAAGAGAACCAUUCAGAAACUGAUGCCAUUCCGAAGAAAAGUGUCCAAGAUGAAUAAUAUUUUUUUGGCUUCCUUAUGACUCUGUUUAGCAACUUUUGCUAAAAUUUUGCUAUGAUUGACUACUUUGAAGAUACAUAUGUUAAGCACCUAAAAUCAACAAGAACAGAGAGGUCCCACGUGUCCUUCCUUUUCAGAGUGAUGUCUUUGGUUUUCCUUCUGGGAACUACCCAAGCUGUCUUUCGAUCUGGGAACCCCGAAGUGAACAUGAACAUUAGCCAAAUCAUUUCCUAUUGGGGCUACCCGGAUGAAGUGUAUGAUAUUGUAACUGAAGACGGUUACGUCCUCGGCCUUUAUAGAAUUCCUUACGGGAAGACAAACAAUGACAACUCAACUCAGAGGCUGGUCGUAUACUUGCAGCACGGCCUGUUCACAUCUGCCAGCAGCUGGAUUUCAAAUCUCCCUAACAACAGCCUGGGCUUCAUUCUGGCAGAUGCCGGUUAUGACGUGUGGAUGGGGAACAGCAGAGGGACGACCUGGUCCCGGAAACACACGUACCUAAACACCAAUUCCAAAGAAUUCUGGGCCUUCAGUUUUGACGAGAUGGCAAAAUACGACCUGCCGGCCUCGAUCAACUUCAUCGUGCGGCACACGGGACAGGAGGGAAUCUUUUAUGUAGGCCACUCCCAGGGCACCAGCAUCGCUUUCAUAACAUUUUCUACAAUUCCAAAGAUCGCUGGAAGAAUCAAAGUCUUUUUUGCCUUAGCUCCAGUUUUUUCUAUUAAAAACUCAAACAGCCCUUUAAUUAAAAUGGCAUACAGGUGGAGGUCAUUGAUAAAGACUUUUUUUGGCAGCAAAGACUUCCUCCCUAAUACCUCAUUUAAAAGAUUUGUUGGUUCAAAGCUGUGUCCGCUGAAGAUUAUUGGUAAGAUUUGCCGUGAUAUCUUGUUUAUGAUGUAUGGAUGUGACCUGGAGAACUUAAAUAUGAGUCGUAUGGAUGUGUAUAUGUCACAAAACCCAGCAGGGACAUCUAUUCAAAAUAUGGUACACUGGAGUCAGCUUUUUAAUUCCAGUCACUUGAGAGCUUUUGAUUGGGGCAGCCCUGCUCUGAACUUGGUUCAUUUUAAUCAGGCCACUCCUCCAUUUUAUAAUGUGACAGACAUGAAUGUGUCAACAGCAACCUGGAAUGGAGGCAAUGACUUGGUGGCGGAUCCUGAAGACGUGGAGAAUUUGCUUUCUGAAAUUACACACCAUAUUUACCAUAAAACUAUUUCUUACUACAAUCAUAUUGACUUUUUGUUCGGAUUAGAUGUAUAUCAGCAAGUUUACCAUGAAAUCGUUGACAUUAUCCGAGGCAGUCUAUAAAGAACUACGGUACUUGGUGUUGAAGGAGCUAUAAAAUUUCUCUUAAAAUCCAAUCAUUUUUUCUUGCUCUGUAUGUUUUCCCAGUUAUUUAAAUAAAGUCUGGAUUUUUUCCCUAUU